AUGUGGUGGACCUGGAAGUUUGGGGGAUCGAGUCUUGGCGAUGCCACAAAAAUCCAAACAGCCACCCGCCUCGUCUCCGAUCAAAUCAGACUUUGGGAUGAACAUUUAACACACGAACACAUCACGGGGCCUGGUCUAGGACAAGGUCUAGGACAAGGUCUAGGACAAAGUUUAAGUGGACUAAAGACAGAAGAUGCGGGUGCAACUAAAGAUGAAGGGAGCGGGAGAGGACAUAGUGACCCGCUCAGGCAAUCAACCCUGGGCUCACAAACCCCAUCACAUGGGCAGCGCGUGCCCAACAAUUUCGAUCGCGCUAGCGACACCUCAACAUGGCUAGACGCUACAAAUCCUGGUCCAAGCUCCUGCUUGCUUGAAGAUGAACUGGGAUCAGCUACUGUCCAACAAGAAAGUGGAGUUGGAGUUAAACUGUCUGGUGGCGAGUUUCAACCUGGCAGCCAGGUUGAAACCCUCAUCGGCGGAGACGUCGCUCCGAGAUGGGCGAGGAACCACCUGUGUGUGGUCGUCUCUGCAAUGGGUGGAGUGACCUCCACCAUCCAGAACGCGAUUGACGCCGUUACGUCCCAGACACCGGGUUCCGAGCUGGACGACUGCGCGGUACCUGAGGCUUUGGUGGAGGCGUUCAAGACCACGCGCUUCGCGGCUGCCGCGCAUCCAUAUCUUUUGCAACUAUACCGGAGACAUAUGGAUACAUACCGCACACUCAUCGAGUCUGCAUCCGACGGUGCCGACUCCGGUGGCGGCACCGUUCCGACUGCCUCAGUGAAUGGUUCGUGUACAAAUUCAUGUGCAGAUCCAUGUGCAGAUCCGUGUGCAGAUCCAUGUGCAGAUCCAUGUGCAAAUUCGCCCUCAUUUGAAGAAUCGUUCAUGGCGGAUCUGGUGCACAUGGUUCACUGUUUAGACUGUGUGGGGGCGACGCACAAUGCGGCGGUAGGUAGCUACCUGUUAGGUUUUGGAGAGUUAUGGAGUCAGCAAUUGUUCUACGUGGCUUUGGGGUCUGCAUUGCGAUCUGCGACGGCCCGGCCGAACGGGGACAAGCCACGAUGUGUGGCGCAGGUAAGUGCGCAUCUGGUGGACAGUCGGGCGGUGUUAGUGAGUAUGGUCUCUGACGAAUACAUUGAGGCGCAGUACAUGCCGACCUCGGGGUUGCAUCCGAUUGUCCGCCCGCGACGUAGCCGGUAUGUGAUGCCGCAGGGUUUCCUACCGAAACUUGGCGGCGGACUCCUCGGUGCUGCGGGUCUCCGCGGCGACGAUUCAGACGUCGAGGACCGCGGCGCCCUGGGACUCGGGACCCGGGAACCCGGGCUCGAAGAGCACGGUGCUCAAGACCAUGGGGCCGGAGGCGAGUUGUAUGCGCUUGAGUCCGCCGCGCCCUCUGCUACCACGACGCCCGCAAAUACCACACCGGCGAACGGCUCGCUUUUCGAACACUGGCCCUUCCCCCCGGCUGCCUCGCUACCCAAGGACUUCUGGCCCACCCUCUCGCCCUCCGGCACACGGAACAACUAUCCUGGCAUCAACUUCGAACUAAGCUACCAGAAUUUCCGUUCCCUAUUCCAGUCCGAGAUUGUGCCCGAAAUCCUGCGGCAAUGGGAACAUCGGUGUGUUGCGCACCCGGUAGUCGGGGACCAAAACCCUAUCUCAAGAAACCGGCACGGUGCGAGCUGCCAUCGGUUACGAAUGGUGUUUGUGUGUCCCGGAUUUGUGUGUCGCACAAUGCGCGGGGGCGUGGCGUCAAACUUGGGGCGUAAUGGUAGCGACACGUCCGCGGUGGCUUUAGCCGUGCUGUUGCGGGCGCAGGGCUGCACGAUCUGGAGUGAUGUGGAGGGCAUCUUUUCCGCGGACCCACGGGUCUGUCACGACGCCGUGUUGUUGAACGCUAUUUGCUACGAAGAAGCUAUCGAACUGGCCUCCUUCGGCGCCAAGGUCCUCCAUCCCGCCUGUCUAUUGCCGGCUACCCAUCUCAAACUCCCUAUCCUCCUCAAGAGUACCUUUCAUCCUGAGGCCGGUGGCACCUUAAUUGGUGACUUUGAUUUUACCGACGCCGUCCGUUUCACCCGCCCUUCUGGACCAAAGAAUCUCGAACGAGAGAACCUCGAACGAGAGAACCUCGAACGAGAGAACCUCGAACGUAAAAACCCUGGACGGGGGGGCCUUGUAACCGGUCCGGUGACGUAUCCCUUCAGUUUGGGGAAGGUGGUGACGUCCCUCGGUGGUAUAACGUUGAUCACGGUGCACAAUCAGAGCUAUGUGCCGCACUUCAUGGCGCGAUUAUUCUCGGCCAUGGAGGCCGGCAGUCGCGGUGACAACACUUUGUUCGUGUCACAAUCGAGUACAAGUUCAGCUAUAACCAUCGCUAUUUACGCACGGGACGAACGAGGUAUUGUGGGCGAACUCUUUCGAGCGUUCAAGUACGACGUAACACGUGGAGCCAAACUCAGACUCAACAUUGAAAGGGAUUGCUCUCUUGUCUGCAUCACGGGCAAAGGACAACUUGGCUACGUCGGAGCCCUAGCAGCAUGGUGCCAAGCCCUAGCUGAACAAAACAUAUCAAUCAAGGCCGUCUCACAAAGCAGCAACGAACUGUCAACAUGCUUUGCUGUCAAGAAAGAACAAGAAAAUCAAGCACUAGUUGGACUACACGCCAAAAUCCUUGCUGCACUACACCCACCAGAUUCGCAACCGGUCACUUGUCUGACUGAGGGCGGUUCACAUCCGCACCCGAAGGUUCCCCCGUAA